AUGCCGGAAACACCGGUAGAACUCGCGGCUCGCCUGCAACGAGAGCUGGAUGAGGCCAGGGCUGCGAUGGCGCAUCCUAUCACUCGGGUAGAGGCUUAUCGUUCCCCCAAACUCCCAGCGUUCAUCAGAGCUGACCCGGGCAUGUGGUUCAAUCAGGUAGAAGCCUCAUUUCGGUACGCGCAUAUUAUGGUUGAAGGAACCAAAGCGGAUUGUAUCAUUGAAGCGCUCGAUCAGGAGGCAAUGACUGCCAUUAGGGACAUUGCUCUCAUAGAGCCUCAACCUCCAGACGUGUACGUUCAAAUUAAGAACAGAUUAAUUACGGCUUUUUCGGCUUCCACUGAGAGCAAAUUCCGUAAGCUUCCAAAGGGCCUAGUCCUCAAUGAUGGCAAGCCAUCACUCAUUUUAAAUAGGCUUAGAAGCUUAGAUGACGGUGCGAAAUGCGAUGAUGCCAUCAUCAAAUCCGUCUUUCUUGAGCAGCUUCAGCAUAAUCACAGAGUAAUUAUAGUUGCAUCCGACAUUAGCGAUCUCAACAAGUUGGCCACUCUGGCAGAUAAAAUUGUCGAGAACUCUCCGUCAGAGGCUCGUCUCUCUGCGGUUAAUGUUAACUCGGACAUCUCGUCCUUAGCUUCAGAAGUCAAGCGGUUAGCUGACUCUUUUGAAAAAUUUUCCACCCGAGUAGGAAACCUUGAAAGCUCUUUCAAAGCUUUCAAAGGUCGUUCGCGUUCCAAAUCUCGUGAUUCGUCUGGUCUUUGCUUAGCACACAGGAAGUACCCAGAUAAUCCCACGAAAUACAAGAAGUGGUGCUCUGAGUACUCUAAGUGGGCGUCAAAAAACUAA